AUGGAUUUUGCUGGCGCAUCUCUCAUCGCCGACGACAAGUUGUGCGCGGCCAUCGAAUCUGUCGUCGACGCUGGCGUGGAUAGCGGGUACCACUUGCUCGUUGUCCAAGGCUACUCGUGCACAAAGGAGAAAACUCCCAAGGACGAGUGGAUCGAGUCUCAUCCUUUUAUUGUUGUAGGCCGUCGCUGGAUCAUUGACUACCACCCAAAUGGUUUCGAAGAUGAAGAAUAUAUAUCGCUUGUCCUUACCCUUGACGAUGAUAUCGAGCCAAGCGUUAACGUUCAGUAUGUUUUCAGUUCCGUUGACCAAUCCGAGUUGCGGGUGCCAAAGAACAUCCGCCAAAGCCAGUCAGUUUACUUGGAUGAACAUCUUGAUGGCCAGUAUGAAUUCAUGAAAUUGCAAAGCCAUCUUGGCAAUCUCCUUCUGAGCAAGGAGUGUGCUCACAUUACAUUUGAGGUUGGCGGUGAGGAUUUUGCCGCGCAUCGGUGCCUGCUCGUAGCCCGAUCGAGCGUCUUCAAGGCACAACUCUGUGGUGCCAUGAAUGAAUCGAGUGUUGUCAAGAUAAGUGCACUAUAUUAA